UGGUUGGUUUGGUUGAAACUUGGAAGUUUGAAAUUGCAAUCUCAAAAUUACAGAGAGAGAGAGAGAGAGAGAGAGAACUUGAAAUAUUUGAAUUUAGGGUACAAAUUAUCCACAGAUCGAUCAUUCGGUUCCACCAGAAAGCCAGCGUUUCUCAAUCGAUUCGUUUAGUUCUUAAUUUUUACGAGAACCUUUGGGAAGAUCUUUAGUACAGAUUGGCACCAUCCAUAUUCUCGUCAUUGUUUUCAUUUGAUACAUUGAUCAUGAAGUAUUUGGAAUACACUCCUCUUGAUCGUAUAAAUGAUUUCUUAAGUCAUGUAAAUCUUGGAGAGCGUACCGUCAAAGGAUGCCUUGAAGCUUACUCCUGUAAGACAACUUCUGGCAAACAUACGGGAAGUGAUAAGAAGUUGUCUCUCAGCUUGGAGCAUGAGAUUCUAGAUUAUCUUGGAAAAUCAUCAGACACUGACUCGUCAUCACCAGUUGAAUAUCUGUGUAGCUGCAGAUCAAGCCGAAAGACGUUGAUUUACCUGAUUCUUACUCUCUAUCACAUGUAUCCGGAUUAUGAUUUCAGUGCAGUGAAAGCUCACCAGUUUUUCAUGGAGGAAAGCUGGGACAGUUUUAAGCAGAUUUUUGAUGCCUACAUGUUUGAAGCAUCAAAGGUUGAGGCAAAUGAGGGCAGUCCCCUACUAGACACCUUGUACAGGGCUCUAGAUGAGGUUGUGAAGCUAGCGGAGUGUGAAAUUUACAGUUACAAUCCAGACUCUGAUUCAGACCCAUUUCUAGAGAAAGGAGCAAUAUGGUCAUUCACUUUCUUCUUCUACAAUAGAAAACUCAAACGUGUUGUGAGCUUCCGUUUCAGCUGUUUGAGCAAUUUGGUGGUUGAGGGUUUUCUUACUGAUGGAGUAUCUUACGAGGAAGACGGGGAAAUAUUUGAUGACAUGGACAUGUAAGUCCACCAAACUAUGUCUUGUGUUUCAAUCAAGUAGGGUCGGCUACGUGAAACUUUUUUCACCAUUCUGCUCUGUCAAAGACUACAUACUGUUUAUACAAUGUUUAUAUCAUUGGGACCCCUCACAUCCAGAUGUAGUUAUGUAACAAAGUGUCAUUCUUCUUAGGCCUAUGUGUAUAUGAUUACGGCAUGGUAGAUAGGAAAGUAAGGUUUCAAAUGCUUGUUGCUCCCUUAGCUUAGCGAGUAUGUUGUUUAUGGUAAUGUACAAUAGAUGCAAUUUAGGCUUGUGAUAAAUUUAGGGCAAUUCAAGAAUAUGAUCAUUUCCUUCGCUCUCUAUUCUCUGUUCAUGUUUCAUUUUACAAAGAACAAUGUUGCUUCAUUUCCUUCAAAUCUGCUGCUACUUGUGGUUCAGUCCAUAAUUUGUUAUUAUAACCUUUUGAGUUUGCUAUGGGCUUUUGUUUAUGUCUA